AUGGCGGCGCCAGCCCCGGGGCCUGGGGCAGCCUCCGGCGGCGCUGGCUGUAGCGGCGGCGGCGCGGUCGGCGGCUCGGGCUCCGGGUCCGGAUCCGCGGGGGCAGGGGGCCGGCUGCCCAGCCGGGUGCUGGAAUUGGUGUUCUCCUACCUGGAGCUGUCCGAGCUGAGGAACUGCGCCCUGGUGUGCAAGCACUGGUACCGCUGCCUGCACGGUGAUGAGAACAGCGAGGUGUGGCGGAGCCUUUGCGCCCGCAGCCUGGCAGAAGAGGCUCUGCGCACGGACAUCCUCUGCAACCUGCCCAGCUACAAGGCUAAGGUACGUGCUUUCCAACAUGCCUUCAGCACUAAUGACUGCUCCAGGAAUGUCUACAUUAAGAAAAAUGGCUUUACUUUACAUCGAAACCCCAUUGCUCAGAGUACUGAUGGUGCAAGGACCAAGAUUGGUUUCAGUGAGGGCCGCCAUGCAUGGGAAGUGUGGUGGGAAGGCCCUCUGGGCACUGUGGCAGUGAUUGGAAUUGCCACAAAACGGGCCCCCAUGCAAUGCCAAGGUUAUGUGGCAUUACUGGGUAGUGAUGACCAGAGCUGGGGCUGGAAUCUGGUGGACAAUAAUCUACUACAUAAUGGAGAAGUCAAUGGUAGUUUUCCACAAUGCAACAAUGCACCAAAAUAUCAGAUAGGAGAAAGAAUUCGCGUCAUCUUGGACAUGGAAGAUAAGACUUUAGCUUUUGAACGUGGAUAUGAGUUCCUGGGGGUUGCCUUUAGAGGACUUCCAAAGGUCUGCUUAUAUCCAGCAGUUUCUGCUGUAUAUGGCAACACAGAAGUGACUUUGGUUUACCUUGGAAAACCUUUGGAUGGAUGACAGUCGCUUUCUUGGGGUGAAAGACAGAAUGGAGGAGAUAUCUGCUUGUGGAAAGUAGAAUCAUGAAGUGACAGUGUCAUACAUGCAUGCCCAAGAAACAUCCUGAAAAACACACGAAAUUGUUAACUGGAGAAGCAACUCUAUGGCAGAGCUUAUCUUAGUGUUUCCUCUUUGUACUGGGCCAGAAAAAUCCUCAGGGUUGCAGUUGGUUGAGUGGGCAGUUGACAUAUGCAUGUUGCAACAGAUUUUGUCUCUAAGUUAGCAAUGUGUCAUUUCCAACUUUUAAGGUGAGAUUUUAGAGAUGCUAUAAAAGGGAUAAGAUAAGGAAAUAGCAAGAUUUUUAAGUAGUGUGUUUGUGAAGAAAGACUGAUACUGUUUUACAACUGCCUGUUUUUUCUCCAGACCCUUUUUUCCAGCCAGCUUGACUAUUAGAAAAGUAUGAAACUGGUUGGGUUUUAUUUAAUAUUUUUAAUAUAUUGAGAAGCAUGGUCUGCCUGGACUGCACUUCUCUAACAGUGAGAUGUAAAAUUGUGCAGCUAUUUUAAAAGUUGUAUAUAUAAUAAGUGUGUAAAAAAACUGUAAAAAAAAAAAAAACAAAACAGGACAAAGGGGUUGCUUUGUUCUAGUUCAGUUUCUUAAAAACCACUACAUGGUACAAAAUUAGAAUAACAUUUAGGGAAAAUUAGGUAACUACAAAGAAGAGGAUUUUAAGAGGAGAUGUGUUGUAUUGGCUCAUUUUUACAUUAAUUUGGUUUACAGUUUCCAUAGCUAUUACAGUCUGGUAUUUUUUCUUUUAAUGAUCAAAAUUAUUGUAAAGACCCCUCAGUGUCCUGGUUUAAGAUUGAGGGAAGGCAAAUUUUAUUUCUAAUCAUACAUAGGUCAGUAGUAAUAACAAUAAUGUGCAUCUUAUAGUAUCUGGUUUUAUAUUUUGGCCUUUUGAGAAAGUGUCUCAUAACAAUAUAGAACAUUGCCAUUUGCUCUUACAGGCCUCAAAUAUGAAAGCUGUUAGUCACAGACCUUUGGAGAAGAAUUAAUGGUCCUUUUAUUUUGUAACUUUAUAAUGCUGUAGAUACUAUAAUUUUUUUUUAAAUUUCAUAUUGUUUACAUCAUGGCAACAAAUCUAAGCCUCAAACUCUUCAUUGGGGUUAUCAAGAAAAUGUUUACUCACCCAUCUGAAACAGUGCCAGCCUGAACCCAGGUUAAGAAUGUUCUUAAUCUCAUUAUAGAUAAUUGCCCCCAUGGGACUUGAAAUAAAAUACCUUGUGCUGAAAAUGAAAACUUCAGGUUGGCAAUAUUUUGAAGGUUUCCUUAUAGAAGAGCUUGACAUUAAUUCCUAAUUUGAGUUUUUGACUAAUAAAUCUAAUUUCACUAAUACUCUUGAAUUAAUAAUCUAACAUACACGAGCUGAGAUUUUCUUUUGUUAUAAGAGAAACAAACAUCAUCUUUCUGUAUGAAAGUAUAAAUGUAUGGUUUCAGAUGCAUCUUUGUGAUAAGAAUUGACUAAGGCAGGUGGUUCUUUGCCUUUCAGCUUAUUGCUGUGUGUAAUUUUGUUUUAAAUCUAAUCAAAUUAGGGACAGACAGUAAGCAGCUGGCUGGAGUUCUUGGCUUGCUCCUUGAGAGUUAAGAUUAUCAAUACUCUUAUGAAGCAGGGGAUUUCAGUCAUGAACAAAGAUUUAUUUUUGCCACUUGACAGGUUUACAAAUAUUUAUUGUGUAUUUGGUAUGUUGCUUACAGUUGAAAUCUGUUAAAGAUCCUUUUCAAUAUCCAUGUCAAGAAGAAACCUGGAAACCAUAUUUAAUAAUAGUACAGAGUGAAAUUAUAUGUUAAAUGUGUUAGAGAAUGUAGCUGCUACAGAAAUUGAUUUUUCCUGGUGCAGAACAACUCAAUUUGGCAAAGUUUAGAAUUUGAAGAAAAGAACUGGUUCAGGAUGAAGGUUGAUAAAUGAUAAGACAAUAAAGUCCCUUAUGUGCUUGGUUUUUUUUUCAGGGAGUGAUAUAGCCAAUUCCAAGAGCUUUUGCUGAGAGUUUUGUUUAUAACUUCUGUUUUGUCUUAUUAGUAUAAUAUUGUCUUAUUAGUAUAAUAUUCAUUUGUAACAAAGUUUUGAAGGUGCUGAAUGGAAAACAGAAACACAUGGUUAUUGCACAUUCAACCUAGAAUCAAAUAAUUGCUUAAAUAUUUAACAACAAGCCAUUCUUAAAGACUUAAAUUCUCUAAUAUGCUGUUUGCAAAUUUUAUAAAAUGGAGGUUCAUAUUUAGAAUGAGCAUCAGGGGAAUGAGGAGCCUUCAUUUAUAACCUGAUAUUUUAUUACUGGAGACCAUUAGUUGUUGUACAGAGAAUAUUAAACCGUUAAAAUGUUUAAGGAAAAGGAAUCUCUUUCGUUGGUGCUGAGAGAGCAUUCAGGUAGAAGACAGUUGCACCUGAAGGUUAAGUAUAAAUCAUCUAGACCAGUGGUUCUCAAACUUAGCUGUGCUUUGGAGUCAUGUGCAUUUUGAAAAAUAUUGAUGCUUGGGUCCCAUACCCUAAAAUUCUGAUGUUGGUCUGGGAUAUGACAUGAUCAUAAGGAUUUUUUUGAACUUCCUAGCUGAUUUCAGUAUGCUGCUAAGGUUGAGUUUUAAAUUCACCUUAAGUUUUCUCAUCUGCAAAAUUAAAAAAAAAAAAAAAUCCUUGCUCCCUCCCUUCACUACCUCACAAGCAUAUUGAAGAGAAAGGAGAAAAUAAUAGGAAAUACUUGUAUGAUGGAUAAAAUGUGUUAUUGAAAGACAAAGUAGUAUUGGUUGUAUUUCAACUAAAACUAUGAUCAGGAAAGGAAAAUGUGUAAUUGAAUUUAUUUUGUUGACUUGGGAAACUGGGAGCAUUCUCUUUGGUUCUUAACUUUAGGGAAGCAUGCAGAUGUGUAAACAAACAAUACUAUUAUUCAUACUAUGGUCUUCUGUCAUACUUGAGAUAGGCUGUUUUAAUUACCUGGUUCUACAUAGGAAAGAAAUAUUGAGGCUUGAAGUCUGUAAUGGCCAAUGGCUCAUGAUUCAUUAAAACUUUUCAUACAAGGA